AAUUAACCGAAAAACAAUAAAUAAAUAAAAAAAUGUCUGAAAGUGAAAAAGUGGCGACGGGGGACGAGGCCCAGAAGAUCCCGCCGGGCCAGCCCAUGAGCAUGGAGCAGAAGAUGCUCGACAAGGGGGCCCAGAUGUUGCAGUCCCUAAAGCCCAUUAAGCAGAUGAACCAACACAUCUGCACCUUUGCCCUGUACAGCCACGAUAUGGGCCGCCAAAUCGAGGCCCACCACUACGCGGCCCGACUCAACCAGGACGUUCUCCAGUGCGCCGUCUAUGACUCUGACGACUCCACCGGACGCCUCAUCGGGGUUGAGUAUAUUGUUUCGGACAAGAUAUUCGAAACUCUGCCGGCCGAUGAGCAAAAACUGUGGCAUUCACAUGCGUACGAGAUAAAAUCAGGGCUUCUGGUAAAUCCUCGGGUCCCUGAGGUUGCUGUUAGGCCCGAGCUCGAAAACCUUGCCAAGACUUAUGGCAAAUUUUGGUGCACCUGGCAAACUGACAGAGGUGACGUGCUGCCGGUGGGCCCUCCAGCGUUGAUGAUGUCACCUCAGGCGGCAUAUCCGGGGACGGUCUCGCCGGAGCUCGUAAAAAAGAGGGACGAAAAGUACAACUUAUCGAGCGAAACCAUGAAAGCAUCUCGGGUCGAGAUUCCCGAGCCCGAGUGGAUCAACCCUCAGGCGGACUAUUGGAAACAACACGGCAAGGGCUUUAAGGUCGAUUUCGAGAAGGUGGAGAUGAAGAAAAUGGCUCCUUUCCCUUGAGGAGGAGGAAGAUGAAAGAAAUAUGGAGUGGUUUAAGGAUAUUUUGGGGCUUUGAAGUUUAUGUGUUCUUGUGUUGUUAUGGUUAAAAGGAUAUGGUGAGUUGUGUGUGUGUAUAUAAUAUAUAUGAUCCUACUAAGUUUGUUGAUAUUUUGUGGUUUGAGUGUUUUGGUGGAGCUCAUGAAAGAUGUAAUGUAUCUAUGUGUGUAUUGUGAAAUAUGUGUGUGUGUAUUGUGUUGUAGUUUUUUGAUUUUGGAAAGUAUGAUUUUCCAAGUCAAAAUGUAGUUUAAAACUUUGUGUUGAAUACUAU